AGUUGUCUGUCCACAAUCUCCUUUUUUGUUUCCAGCAAAAUUACUAUAUCUGGUUUGAAUCUCUCGUAGAUGCUCUUUUACAAUGCCCCUCGAACCCGAAUCACCGUUGGAAACACAAAGUUUGCCAUGUCUUCUAUGAGCCAAGUUCUUCUUUAGGGGCAUCAAAGAUAUAUCCAUUUUGUGCAACAAUGAUUUAGGAAAGCCGCCUCCCACAUACCCAUUUGCACCGCUGAUUAUAUCUGGAAUGUCAAACAACUCAUGAAGGAUUCUUUCUUCGUUGUCAAAAGCAUCUGUAUUUUUCUUCUCCUCGUUCGAAGAUAUUUCAUCAAUGAAUUCAGAUUCAGACGAUGGUAUUUUGACCACUGAAUCCAUUGAUUCCGGGCAGAUCGAUGAAACAGCGUCGUCAUCUUCUCUGUCAUCGAUGGGCUUUGAGGGGAGGGAACUGAUCUGCAUCGGAUCACAUGCACUAGAGAGUCGGUCAUAUAGCUGUCUUUGUUUGGAAUGGGUUGGAAAGCGGCUGAGAAACUCAUUAGGCACUGGAAGGUUCUCAGAGGAGAUAAUGUGAUGAUAACAAGGGGCAAAGACAAGGGCGAGACGGGUAUCAUCAAGCGAGUGAUUCGUUCUCAGAAUCGUGUCAUUGUGGAAGGCAAAAAUCUGGUAAAGAAACAUAUCAAGCAAGGCCAAGGUCAUGAAGGUGGAAUUUUUACUGUUGAAGCCCCUCUUCAUGCCUCAAAUGUGCAAGUUGUUGAUCCAGUUACAGGGAAGCCUGUUAAGGUCGGGGUUAAAUAUCUUGAGGAUGGAACAAAAGUUCGAGUAUCUAGGGGACUAGGUGCAUCUGGAUCUAUAAUCCCUCGUCCUGAGAUCUUGAAGAUAAGGACUACUCCAAGACCUACUGUUGCGGGUACCAAGGAUACGCCUAUGGAUGUCGUGUUGGAGAAGACUUACGAUGCUAAAACAGGGAAGGGCAUGCCUGAACUUUGAGAGAACACUCGUUUCAGGCCAGAUGGAAUAUGUUACAGAAAAGUUGGAAGCAUAUUAGUUGUGAUUUUUGGCGAAUGCUUUCUAUUUGUUAUUUCGUUGGUCGAUUGUACAAGCAGAUGGCUUGAUUUCUAUAGAGUUGUUCUCUAUACAUCAUGUCUCAUCUUUCUAGGGCUCAUAUUUCUACGUUCUAAGUGCGAAGAAUAUCAAGUUGAGGAAUUUAUUUGCAUGCAUCUAGGGGUUAUCAAGUUCAGUUUAAGGAGAAUUCGAGAUUGAAUUCUUUACAAGUGAAGGAGACUGACGCGGGACAAGGAAAGUAAACCAUUCACGGUGAAGAAAAAGGGAUGCAAAUUCAGAAAAUGAUGCUCAAGCUAAUUGCACUUAGAUGUAUCGU